AUGAGCCGGCCUCAGCGCGGCGCCGCGGGCAGCCGCGGCCUCGGCACCAUGGAGGUGAAGAGCAAGUUUGGAGCAGAAUUUCGACGAUUUUCUCUGGAAAGAUCAAAACCUGGAAAGUUUGAGGAGUUCUAUGGAUUACUGCAGCAUGUGCACAAGAUACCAAAUGUUGAUGUCUUAGUGGGAUAUACGGACAUUCAUGGAGACCUGCUGCCUAUCAAUAAUGAUGACAAUUACCAUAAAGCAGUUUCUACAGCCAAUCCUCUACUCAGGAUUUUCAUUCAAAGAAAAGAAGAUGCGGACUACAGUGCCUUUGGUACAGACACUAUGACAAGGAAGAAAAAUGUCUUGGCGAAUGUGUUGCGUCCAGACAACCACAGGAAGAAACCCCACAUUGUCAUUAGCAUGCCUCAAGACUUCAGGCCUGUGUCUUCUAUCAUAGACGUAGAUAUUCUUCCAGAAACCCAUCGUAGGGUGCGACUUUACAAAUACGGAACCGACAAACCACUGGGAUUCUACAUACGAGAUGGCUCCAGCGUCAGAGUAACGCCACAAGGACUGGAGAAAGUUCCAGGAAUUUUCAUAUCCAGACUUGUCCCUGGAGGUCUGGCUCAAAGUACAGGCUUGCUGGCUGUUAAUGAUGAAGUACUGGAGGUGAAUGGGAUAGAAGUUUCAGGAAAGAGCCUUGAUCAGGUUACAGACAUGAUGAUUGCCAACAGCCGUAACCUGAUCAUUACAGUAAGGCCCGCAAACCAGAGAAACAAUGUGGUCAGGAACAGUCGGACUUCUGGCAGCUCUGGUCAGUCUACUGAAUCCAGCCUUCCAAGUAGCACACCUAAUAUUGUAACAAACUUCUUGCAAGGAGAAGAGGAGAGCGAUGAAGAGGACAUUAUCAUUGAAGACAGCGGUGAGCCACAGCAGAUUCCAAAAGCUGUCCGUACCAGUGAAAGCCUGGAGUCGUUGUCACAAAUGGAACUUCUUCAUGAGUCCACGCAGAAUGGCUUCCUUCCUUCCAGCGAGACAAACUUGAAUCAUUCAGCAGGCAGCAUUAGCAUAGAAUAUGAAGAACAGCAUCCAGAUCAUAAAUCAUUGGAAGAUGGAACUAUAAUAACACUAUGAAGUUACAUAGGUGUACUUUGUAUUAACUGAGAAUGCCAUAUAUGUUUUAAUUUGGCUUAAUAUGUAAUACAUUUUAUACCUCUCCACCUACUGAGCACUGCAAUUAGACUUAAAGAAAAAAAAAUGGAGAUGAGAAGUUUGAAGUUAUGUAAGUUGACUAACUUCAGCUAAUUCUGCACUUCGAUGUAAAUACAUCAUGAAGAUAAAAUUGGCAACCAACUGGAACUGGAUGAGGAAAAUUUUAUAUUGAAAAUGAAGGAUAGCUAAGAGAUAGCUUGUAGAUACCUACAAGCUUCUCUUGUAGGUACUUGAUUGUCUAUGUGGAAUGCUAUUGAUUCUAUAGAAGCAAAUUUCCCUUUGUGUGUGAGGUUGUUUUUUCUAAUGUACUGUGGUUUCCUAUUCAACUGAAGUGCUGCUUUAGCCUCCUCAUUGCUGUUUGGGGCUGCUGUCUUUGUGCUGGUUGCACUGCGUGGCUCUGUAUCUGGAAGUGGAAGAACAGACAGGAGGGGACGUAAGAAGAGAUGUCCUUGAUAAUUCUGACUGAUUCACUGACCAGCAUGUAUAGAGUAGUGGUCUGCAGGUAGACAGCAGUUGCGUUGCAAGCAGGGGCUGCUCAAGAUGAUUGCCCCUUUGGAAGUGAAUGUGCAACACCAGGCUCCUUAGUCACUCACCUUUAUGUUUCUAAUCUGUCUUGCAUGGCCAGGUAAACUCACUUUUAAUUACACUAUAAUUUGUAAAUUUGAAAUGUGAAAGUCUUAACACUAGUGUGUCUUGAAGACUUGUUUUCAUUUUAGUUUACAGUAUUUAAGGAUACUGUAAUUAGUAACUAAAUCAAAUGAUAAACUUUAAAGAAAUUAAAGGUAAACUUAAUACUAUGGAAAUAACACACAUGGGAUAUACCAUGUGACUAUGCCACAGUCCUCACAGAAGCUGUUAAGUUUGUUUGAGAGAGUGAAAAUUAUAUGAAAAGAUGACUUAAGACCCGAACAGGUUAGAGCAGCUUGAGCCUGUGUGGCAUUAACAUUAUUCAUUAUAGUGACCUAAUUGUACAUGCUCACCUUGCUGUGCACCACUGGCUGGGUAUUCUGAUAUUACAGAGUUACUACACUGGAAAAUAAUACACUGCUGACAAAAUCCUGAUACUGAAAUGCAGGUGUGUAAUGUGCUGCAGACUUGCAUGGAGAGCUGCAGGGGAGGCUUGGGACAUUCUUUCCCUCUCAGUCCUGUCUCGCUGCUGUGGCCCAAGCUGGGGCUGGGAAAUGGAAGAUUCGAACUGAAAGGGCUGGGGAGAAACAUGGGUGAAGUGUCUGAGCAAGGAUCCUGCAGCCCAAGUCAGCUCCGAUGGGCAGGGAGGAUGCAGCAGCCUGUGCUGUGCCCAGAGGCAAUAGUCUGUGUUCCUCUGGGGUGGAGGGUGGAAUGGAGGGAGACAGAAACCCCUUUCUCCCCCUCACCUCAGUCUGUCUCGGGAAAGCAUCUACCUCUGUUAACUUUCUUAAUGUAAGACUAACUGUAUGUGUAACGCUAAGCAUUUAUAAAACCUCCUAUAGCACRCUGGAGGUUAGAACUGAUGCAGACCAAGUUAUUCUUAGUUUAAUUCUGAUAAAUGCAGGUUUUAAGUUCAUAAUACUUUAUGAAUAGCUUUUUUUUCCCCCCAAGCUGUCAGUAAUACCGAAUUUUGAGUGCUGCAGACUUCCAAGAAAGGCUGUCUUCUAUCAGAUUAAUGCCUUUUCUGAUUUAUGGAGAACUAGCAUAAUGGAUAAUGGAAUAUUUUUCAUUAUGGAAAUGAAAACAAUGGAAAACAGAUUAGAGUUCUACUUAGUCCAUUUUGUUAGUGGCGUUAUCAGAUUAUGUACAAUAGACCCUGAAUUUUUUUUAACAUGAGCAAAUAUUGUAAAGUUUUAGACUUAGUUUGAUAAUAAUCUUUAACUUGAAAUAUUCAUUUGAUAUGAAAAGAGGAAAAUGGAUAUGGUUUAUAUGUUCUGCAACAUAAAAUUUAAAUAUAUUUUCUGUGAGUGCUGCUCUAACACUUCCAUUACUCAAGGAAGAAUGUUUACUCUUAAAUAUCUUUUUUCCCUUUAUCAAAGGACUUUCCUUCCUGUAUGAAAUCAUCAGCGGAGGGCAACUUUGAUAUAUUAGGCUAGUUUGCACUUCUGUGCCUUCUGUUUACUUGAAUGUAUUGGGAAUAAUCAAAGUAAUAAAGGCACUUGGAUARGCAGAGAAUGAGAGCCAGAGAUGCAGAAGACAAAGUGGCAGUGCACGCAGUGAAGGCAGAAUGU